AAUAUGAUUCCCUACAUAACAUAAGCACAUAAAUAGAUGAGAGAAAGUGGAAUAUAAUUUUAGACAAAGUUAUAAAAAUCAUUAAAAUUGUCUGAAUUAUAUGAAGCAACAGUAUACUUAAAAAGGGAAGAUUAAUAAUUGACUAGAGUGUUUAAGAUGAGAAGUGCAUUUACAUCAUUGUAAUCUCUUUCAAAAGAGUAAAGAGAGAAGGGAGUAGUAACAGUAAGUGAUGGUAACUUUGCUUAAGCAUUUGCCUUCUUCUGCAAUCAUUUUAAGAUUUAAGGUAUGAUAGUACGUCAUUAUAAAAGGUACUAUUUUUGUACCUGAAGUAUGUUAUGGUUGGAAAAUUGAUUUAAUAUAAAAGAAUGGUAAAUAAUAUGUGGAAGUGAAAACAGCAGGUGAAAAUUUUGAUGAAUGUGAAUAGGCAGCAUAGAAAUAUAUAAAGGAAAAUUAAAAAACACUUAUUCAUCCAAGUGAUAACAUAAAAGCUAUAUAUGGUUGUGGAACUAUUGUAUAAUAUAUAGUUUUAACAUAAAUAAGGGAAUUGAGAUUCUUGAUGAAAUGCCUGGUGAUGUAGACUAUAUCUUUUUACCAGUUGGACAAGGAGCACUUGCUGCAGGAAUUGCUACAUAUAUAAAAGAAAUGAGUCCAAAUACUAAAGUUAUAGGAGUAUAACCAGAUGGUGCUGAUUCUAUGAUUUAAGCAUUCUAAGCUAAAUAAGUUGUUAAACAAGAACAUUUCUCUAGAUUCUGUGAAGGAUCAGCUGUUCCUUCUGUUCCUAAAUUAUGUUUGGAUAUAUGUAUGGAAAAACUUGAUGAUCUUGUUAAAGUCUAAGAAGGUAAAGUAAGCACUACUAUUCUAUAAUUAUAUAAUUAAGGAAUUGCUGUUGAACCCUCUGGUGUAAUAUUACUAUGCUUUAUAAUUUAUAGGCACUCUCUGUAUCUGUUCUUGAUUAAUUUGCUCAUUAAAUCAAAGGCAAAAAUAUUGUAUGUAUUCUUAGUGGAGGAACUGUUGAUUUAUCUAGAUUUGAUGAAUUUAAAGAACAUUCACAAUUACAUGAAGGAUUAAAAUAUUUCUUUUUAAUUGAAAUGCCAUUCAAAUCAGGAAUUCUUAAGAAUUUCGUUAGUCUGUAUAUAUUAAACUCACUAUCUUAUAUAGUUGUCUUGGCCCUGAUGAUGAUAUCACUCAUAUACAAUUUUAAAAAAAAGCUAAUCGUGAAAGAGGACCUUGUUUAGUUGCUAUUGAAGUUGCAAAAAAAGAUAGCAUUAAAGAAGUCAUGGAAAAUAUGAAGAAAAUGCAUUUAUAAUUUAAAUUAGUAAAUGAUUCAAAAGAACUUUAUGAUUUGCUUGUUUGA